GAUGAUGUCCGAGGAACUGCGUUUCCAAGGCAUGUCCGAAUUUAGUUUGUAUUUUUUCAGUUUAGUAAUAAAGUUCGGGGAGGCAUUGCCUCCCUAUGACACACCAAAAAAAAAAUGUAUUUACUGUGAACAUCAAUCUCACCAAUUAGGUUUUUUUUUCCUUUCUUACUCUCUUGCAGCCUCGCUUUCUCUGAAAAAGCAUUUUAGUCACAUGUCUCUGCUUCUCAACCAGCCCUCGAAGCUACUAUGCUUCCGGAGGAAAUCUGUGUUGGUAAGAUCCUCUCCUCUUCUCUCUAAUGGCUUAUCAUCUUCAUUGCGGCAAACUCCGCCUUGUACCAUCAUCGACGCUGUUCCAUGUGGAGCGGAUCUCGGAAAACUCGUCAUUUCCAAUGCUAACGCAGUUCGCUACACUUACUUGGAAAAGAAGGUGCCUCUGGAGUUGGUGGAUAAUCCAAUGUUAACGAUCGGGUCAUCCCAUGGCUGGAUAGCUACUUUGAGUCAGGACGACGGAAUACUUCGUCUCCAAGACGAUCUAAACCCGGUUGCAUCGGAUAUAGAACCGAAACGCAUUCCACUGCCUCCUCUUGUAACUCUGCCUCAUUGCCAAACUCAAUAUAAGAAUGUUGAAUUGGAUGAUUUUAUUACAAGAGGGAUUACACUUAUAUAUACAAAGUUGGCCAUUACCGGCGAGUGUGAUGAAGCCGGUGACGGAGGGUGUGGUGAGGACGGAGCUGACGAUGGAGUCGCCUGGGAAUGUGACGAUGUUGCAGUUGUCUCCGAACCAGACAUUCCCAAUGGUGAAGGAGCCAAGGUCGAGGGCUGGUCACCGGAGGUCUCUAUAAGUGACGGAGAGGAAACAGGAACUGAAGUGGAAGAAACAGAUUGA